AUGCAAGCCGGCUCUAGCAACGGGCCUGCCAGUGCAGAUGAACAUACAACUGAUGGUGGUGGCGGCGACGAAGAGUGUGACCACGGAGGGCAAUCGACUGUAACUGCUGUCUCACAGCCUGGUCGCAACAUGGGCGAGCACGAGUUUGCCGACCUGGACGCCAUGUCGCCACUCGAACCCGAUCCAGGCCUGAUGGGGACCGUGCUGGAGGUGGAUGACGAUCUAAACGAGACCGGGUCGAUCUAUGCCGCCAGCCAAUAUCCCAUCAUACCGACCCGAUACCAGGUGGGGCGUUUUGACUCCGCGACGAUAAAUUCUUCUCGCUCACUCUAUGUCGAGGAUCUAGACUACGUGAUCGAAAACGGCCGUCGGUAUUGUGGCGACUGCUUUUUCCCCAAUGAUGACCUUGAGCAGGAUCGUCUCCGUGUUGUGCAUCAGGUCUUUCUCAACAUCUUUGAUUUCGAGCUGACCUCCAUCCGGCUACACAACCCGCGCUACAUCCUGGACGUUGGCACCGGCACGGGCGAAUGGGCUAUUGGCAUGGGCGAGGCCUAUCCUCACUGCGAAGUUGUGGGCGUCGACAUCUCGGCCAUCCAGCCGACAGCUGUCCCACACAAUGUGUUUUUCGAGGUCGACGACUGCGAGAUCGACUGGAUGCGCCCCGACGAUUCUGUCGACCUAGUCCACCUGAGGGACAUGGCUGGCGCGUUUUCCGACUGGGAUUUCAUCUACUGCCAGGCGUUUGCGUGCUUGAAGCCCGGCGGCCACAUUGAAAUCCUCGACUUCCAUGACCACACAAGCGAGAAUGCCUUCUUCACCUUCUUCCCGCCCAAUGCACAGAUCCACACAUUCUUCCGGGCUGUCGACGAGGCAUCGAUCCAGGCUGGUCGCCGACGUGGUAUCCAUCACAUGAGCCCCGAAAGACUGCGCCGCGCUGGGUUUGUCGAUAUCCGAAUAUCCGAGCGCGCCAUACCGCUCAACCCACUCAACGAUGCCAUCAGCAAGCUGUGGCUCAUCUCCUGCCUGCAUGGCGUCGAAGCUACGUCGCUGCGCCUCCUUACAAAGCACCUGGGCUGGGAGCCAGCUCGUGCGUUUAGCGCCUGCGAGAAGGUUUGCGAGGAAAUCAAAAGCCAUGCCCUCAAUCUGGAUGCCAACAACACGCCCCGGGUCUGCCUGCGCAUCCUGACGGCGCGGAAGCCCAGCCCGCCAGACCUCCCCUUCUCGGGUCCCAUGGCAACCACAGCCGAGUAUAGCAAUUUCAGCUCGGCUGAAAACAGCGCGGACGAGAGCACCAUUAACGGCUGA